AUGUUCAAUGGAACUCAUUCAACUCCCUCAUUUGCUCCCGGAAUCUGUCCUGUAUCUUCGGUAUCGACUUCUAGCUGCUCCAAGAACACAAUAACUGUCCUCCAGCCAUCGACAGCCCUUAUCAUGGUCUGGCAAGCGGCCACAUUGGCUAUCCCUCGAAUCUUCGCCGCCUCAUCGUGGACUCGAUCUCGGAGAUGUAGCAGCAUUCGAUGGAGCAAAUGGGACCUCGGUUGGGAGUGCUUGGACCUCGCCAGCGUUCUCAAACUUAUAGAGGCACCAUUCUUCCCUUUCAUCCCUGUGCCCGCACAAGUCUCGAAUACAGAUCGUGCUGAUAUUCUGGCUGCGACCUUCAAGGUACGUUUUAACUUCCUGUGCAGACCUGCGUCUAACGUCUCCGAUUCGAUGGUUUACGCUCACUCUCUUACACGCCUCCCGCCAUCGACUUGCUUCUCCUCUCGUCAUAAGCCCUCGCCGUUCAAGGACUUUUCGUGCGGCGGACUUCAUAGAUGGGUGGGCGCUUGGUUCGUUGGUCGGCUGGAAGGGCGAGGUGGACCUGGCUAG